AUGUGGAUCUCUGGUGCGCUUUACAGUGAGCAACAACUGUCUCAGUGGUCCCACCCUCAAAAGCUUGAAAAUUUGCAGAAACUUAACCAGAACUCUGUUCGGGGAAACCAACUCACUGGAAAUAUAUCCGAGGUAGUUGGCGACUGUCCAAACCUGGAAUACAUCGACUUGAGCUACAAAAGUUUUCAUGGAGAACUCUCUCAUAACUGGGGAAGCCUUGAUCAUCUCGACUUAUCAGCAAACCGAUUAAAUGGGUCAAUACCAGCGAACUUGGGUGACUGCUCGAACUUGUAUUACUUGAACCUGAGCAAUAACAGGCUUAGCCACAGAAUUCCUGCUCAGAUGGGUAAGCUGAGUCACCUCUCCCAGCUAGAUCUGAGUCACUACUCGCUAUCAGGAGAAAUUCAUUCCAAAGGCUUUUGA